AGUGUCUUGCCAUUGCUUCAACAUGGCUGCCGUAUUUAAAUCUCACGGCCCUCAAGUCAGCAUUGAAAUAGACGAAUAUGAGCAAUUUCCUACAAAAGAACACAAGACGCCACCAAGAUUCAAACGUGUCCACGUGGUUCUGCUGGCCUUUGGAAUUCUGUGUGUUCUUCAAGCGGUCCUUAACAUCACUCUGAGACUGGCUCACGGCAAAGCAGUUGAAAAAGGUGAUGUUGGUGGCACUGUUGGACUUGUAGUACUACCGGCUGCCAAUAGGGAACGCUCCAAGACCACAUUUGACUGCUCAGAAGUUUCAGGCUCCGCUGGUGAUACAGGAGACAUCUGUGGAGGUGAGACAGGAGACAUCUCUAUCUGUCCACAGGGGUGGCUCCUGUUCGGCUCCAGUUGUUACUUCGUUUCCUCACAGAGGAGGAGUUGGGACAGCAGCCGACAAGACUGUCUGCAGAGAAACGCUGAUCUGGUCAUCAUCAACAGCAGACAGGAACAGGCAUUUCUCACAGGGUUCACCAAGGCAGCCUGGAUCGGAAUGUCAGACAGGUUUCAGGAGGGAAACUGGAUCUGGGUGGACGGAACACCGGUCAACAAAAACAAGCUGGAAUGGUCCCCCGGGCAGCCUGAUGAAGCAUUUGGAGGCGAAGACUGUGGUGAUCUUCGUACGAUGAUCGACUUCAUUGGUUUGAAUGAUUUUAACUGCAAUGCCAGAUCCCAGUGGAUUUGUGAGAAAGAACUCUUGUUAUGAAAUUGUUCCUCUCUUUUAUCUACUUCAAUAAAAUUAUAUUUGUUAUCA